AAACAUGUCAGGCUUUUAUCUUCCUCUUACUCUUUGAUUACCAGUUUAUAAGAUGUAUCAUUAAAUGUCCUUAAUAGCUACUUAUUAUUCACAUGGCACCACCAUCUCCGUCACCACCACCGAUUUCUUUCAGAGUAGUAGUCCUUUUUCUUAGGGUUUUAACUGCGGUGUUCCUCCUUAUAACGGUCAUCAUUCUCAGCACCAACAGCAUCACCAUUCAAUCUCAAGGAAAUUCAUUGAAAUUUCAUUUCAAAGAUGUUUAUGCCUAUAGAUACAUGUUUUCAGCGGCCAUCAUCGGACUAGUUUACGCCGUCAUACAACUAUUCUUCACAAUCUCCGAACUCGCCACCAGAAUAAAAAAUCCGUUUAAUUAUCAACUCGACUUUUACGGUGACAAGAUAAUGUCAUAUCUAGUGGCAACUGGUUCAGCGGCUGGAUUUGGAGUGAGCAAAGAUUUGAAAGAUGCAAUUAUAGCAUUGGUGGCAUUAGAUUCGACUAAUCCUGUGGAUAAGUUCUUCAGCAGAGGAUACGCAUCAGCAAGUAUGCUUCUCUUUGCUUUCUUCUGCCUCGCCGUUUUAUCCGUGUUUUCAUCCCACGCCAUUGCCAAACACCAAGUUAGUUAAGUCAUUUUAAAAAUUCAACGUAUACUCCUUUCCAAUGUGAUUUGUUCAUAUAGCCUUAUCGCAAUGUUAUGAGCUAAUG